AAGCGAUUUCAAUUCGAAUGUUUCCCGCGCAGAUCAUGUGUUGUCUGAUCGAAAUGCCAUCUUGGAGUCGUAUCCGAACCCCCUGGACCCCCUGGACUGAACCUCUACCUUUAGUCUAUCCUCUUUGGUGAUAAAAUGUAUUGGUAAAUACGAGGACAAUGCGAUAGUAAAUCUCUCGGAUGAAUCCAGUGGAUUCGAGCCUCAGGAUGAUGCACUACAACUGGAUUCCAUCGCUGAAUCCUCUGGAGAGCCGGAUGUAUUCGCAGUAUAUUGAGGCGUCAUAUCGUUCUCGUUUGAACCCCGACGAGGACAGCGAGCAAACUGGAGACGAGACCCACGACACAAUGACCUCAGCAACGUCAGGUGAACGGAGUUCGAGUGCUGAUCUAUUCCGGUUGGAAUUCGCUGCCUCCCAGUGGUCAAAACUCGUCACGAAUGCCGAGGGCUUGUUCAGUAAGCUAGUGGCAAGUGAAAUUCUUCCAGACACCGAACAGGACCAGAUUAAACAGUGGCUCUGCCUGAAGCAGGAGUACGAGGAGUGCAUAACGAGUGACGAUGGAGCUAGCAUUCCAGGGUACCAGGAGAAUCCUCGAAGAUCCCUGGAGCGAAUUGAAGAGGUCACAGAGACAGACGAGAGGACAGACGAGUCCGAGGCACGAAUGGAGUUUCGAAAUACAUCAGAUGGAAGUUCCGAGUCAGAGACUGAAAUGUCAGAGGACGACGAUCAGAGCGAUGGGGAGUCCGUCAAUCCAGACUUCCUGGAGAAGCUGGACGAUUGCCUGAAUAAACUCAAACUGGAGACGGACAGACUGAUAGACGCUAUAGACGAUGACGUCCAGGAGAUGGGGCUGACGAUAAUCUCGGGGAGUGGACAUCCAGUGAACAAUAACAACGAUUAUGUGCCACUAAUAAAACCCACGCCAAUUAGAAACGCCAAUUCCAGAAGGAAUUCGAUGCUACCAGGCUCAGAGAUGUGUAACGAGGUGAUAGCUUUUAAUGGGGCUUUCAAGCCAUGUGGGAAAACCUAUGAGGAGGAGCUGGACAAUAGUCGAGGCUUUGGGAAUGAUAAUCAGGAGGCUUUCAACUCUCAGGACCUGUUGCUGGAGCCCCUCAAGAGUUACGAGAUGCCUGAACCUAUGAAGACAUUGAAAACACUCACUCUGAACAACGAAGCAAAGCAGACGCAGGUGAAAAAAAUCCAGUCAGACCUUGAUGGAGCCCAGAAGAGGAUCGGUGAGCUGGAGACGACUAUCAAAAUAAAGGAGAAAUUCAUUGCAGAUAUGAUUAAAAAUUCAGAAGCCAGGAGCAGUGCUAAGCAGAAAUUCCAGAGGAAGAGGUCGAAGCUUGAGGAGCAGUAUUACAACACAAGAACACAAUUGGCUCACGCUGAGAAUUCUCUGUACAGAGACGAGGAGAAGACAACGCACAAACGAGAGAUUGAGUUGUAUAAGAAUAUGGCAAUACACUACGAGCAAAGGCUCAUUGAUAUCGAAAUGAUGAAGCAAAUUGCUGGCGACUCGGCGAAAAAAGUUCUGGAGCUGGAGAGUUCUUUAAAUUCAUCGAAGAAGCAGAUGGAGAAGCUGAAGAAACAGUUGAAGAAGGAGGAAGUCAGGAAGAGUCAGCUGGAGGACGAAGUUGCGGAGGAUCAGAAGAAAAUUCGAGAACUCGAGGAGAAGUAUAACCUGACGGCUUCAAAACUCAAGGAGAUGCAGUCGGAGAGUGAGGACGAGAGGUCCAACUCCAGGUACAGGGGUGAGGAUAAGAAACAGGAUAUGCUAGAGGUGAGAAUAUCUCAUCUGGAUCAUAUUCUCAAGGAGAAAUCCAUGGACUUGGAAAGAGCUGACGAUGUGGACUCGAAAGCUGCUCUAAGAAUUGAAAUUGAUAAUCUGAGGAGAACGAAGGAGAGACUGUCCGAGGAGAAGUGCAAUCUCGAUUCGAAGCUCAAGGAAAAUACUUUGAGUACUUUCGAGGAGAGGAAGAGGCUAGAGUGUGGAGAGGCUAUUGAAGUAGUUGAUGUGAUGAUCGAGCAGAAGAAUGAGAAAAUCUGUGGGAGAAAGUGCUUCGAUGUGAAGAACUGCAAGAGGGAGGACAUGGAGAUGGUGCUGAUGCGGCAGCUGUCCAUGCUGAGUCUCGAUGAGAUUGUUAAGUUGUUCACUAAGUAUUUUAACAAGGUAAUUGAUCUGAAAGAGGCAGGAAGGAGUCUUGAAAUACAGCUGAAUGAUGCUGAGGCGAGGAUUCAGUCGUUGGAUAUCAGAAAUAGAGAGUUGAACAAUUCUUUGAAGCAUGAGAAGGUACAGGCUGAGAGGAGAAUGAUAUUUCUCCGAGAGCAGCACGAGCAAAAAAUGCAUAUGAUGUUCAGGAGUGUUGCUGAUGAGACUGGCAGCUCCAGCUAUGAGAAGCAUGAUAAGGACUCGGAGAUUGUCAAGUACAGGAGGGAGAAUAAAUUUUUGAGGAAGAGGGUUCAGGAUCUGGAGACGCUGUUUAGGGGCUCGGCUGUUGCCAGAACAACCAGUCCUCCCAGAAUUUCUCAGCAGGAGCUCAAGCAAAUUGGACCAUGCGCUGCCACUACCAAAGUCACCAGACAGAGAAAUAAACUUAUCAUUCAGAAAACCGACUGCGAUAAGAGGAAAAAGUGAUGGAGUCGUUCUAUGGAAUGAGGAGAUCCUUCGUUCAUUUUUUUUUUUUGCUUUUUUGCAAGCUCUCGCUCUUGUGAUAUCGAUGGAAAGAUUUUUUUGUAGCAAGUCAAUUUGUGAUUUAUUUUUUCUUACAAUUUGAGGGAAUUAUCCAGAUUCUUCGUGCCAAGAAGGUCCUCGUUCCAUUUUACAGAACAGACUGAAAAUAUUUACAUACAGUGUUCUCAGUAUCUUCAAUAACUUCCCAACGAAUUUUCGAAACGUCAAUUGGUGUUCAACUAUCAGUAUUCCCUGGGUCAAUGCUCAAUUAUUCGGUUUUCAAUAUUCUCAUUUUUUAGGUUGAAAAAUGUUUAUAUUUCUUACUUCCGGUUUACAAUGAGUUAUUUAAUGUGAUCUUUUGUAUAUAAAUUUUUUCAUUGCGUUUACAAAUAAAAAAUUGUGUGAUUCAUGA